GCCAGGGUUUCUCGGGCACCUGAACACGGCACUGCAGCCAUGAGCGACAACACCCAUCCCGCUAAAAGGCGGCGCCUCGACCGCCGUGGCUUCCACUCCCAAGACUCGUCCUCCGACGAGCUGGGUGCCAACUCGGAUGUCGAACGGCGAAGAGCGAGCUGGCUCAAGCAAGUGAGAACAACGUACCAGUCACCCAGACCGUACAAAACUACGCCUCGCCAAACUACGAAUAGCGAUUCUGAGAGCCCGGAUGAGUUGGCGGUCGAUCACCACCAUACAUAUUGGCGAAGGCAGAGCGCGAUGCGUCGCAGCAUCCUCUCGACGCCCCGGGAAAGUAGCCGAUCAGAAAGACAUCGUACGGAGGAUGCAGACGAUGAUGAUGACGAUGAAGGGGAGGAAAGUAGCGAAGACACAUCUGAAGACGAGAACAGGGCAAAGGAGAAGGCCGAGAGGCCUGUGCGUGUGCGGACACCUACCCCUCCGCCUCCGCCUCCGCCACCUAAACCAGAGAGGUUGAACUAUAAACAGAAGUUGGUCUUGAAGGGCCACCAGAGAGGGGUUUCGGCGGUUCAAUUUUCGCCUGAUGGAUCGAUGAUUGCCAGCUGCUCUGCGGAUGGUACCAUACGCGUUUGGAACUCUUCCACGGGCAAGCUCAUACACACGUUCGAAGGUCAUCUUGGUGGGAUAUCAACCUUAUGCUGGAGCCCAGACGGGACCUUCAUCGCCUCCGGCUCCGACGACAAGUCCAUCCGACUAUGGAAUGUUUUGACGGGAAAACAACACCCAACGCCUUUCCUCGGUCAUCACAAUUACAUAUACUCCAUCGCUUUCUCCCCGAAAGGCAACAUGCUCGUCAGCGGUUCUUACGACGAAGCCGUGUUCCUCUGGGAUGUUCGCUCCGCCCAUGUCAUGCGAUCCCUCCCCGCUCACUCGGAUCCAGUUGCAGGCAUCGAUUUUAUCCGUGACGGCACACUAAUAGCCUCCUGCGCUAGCGACGGGCUAAUCCGAAUAUGGGACUCCGCAACGGGACAGUGUUUACGAACUCUAGUACACGAAGAUAAUCCGCCGGUUAUGGGUGUGAAAUUCUCUCCGAAUGGGAAAUACGUCCUUGCGUGGACUUUGGAUGGAUGUAUCCGGUUGUGGAACUAUGUGGAAGGUCGGUGCAUAAAAACCUACCAGGGACAUAAAAAUGAGAAGUACAGUAUAUCUGGUGGGUUUGGGACGUAUAAUGCGCCGGGUGGGCCGCCUAUUGCUUUUGUAUUUAGUGGGAGUGAAGACGGCGCGGUGGUGUGUUGGGAUGUCGUCAGCAAAAAGAUACUCCAAAGGCUCGAGGGUCAUAGAGACGUUGUUCUAGGUGCAGAUGCAUGCUGCGUCGGGGGGAAGCGGCUAAUCGUCAGCUGCGGCAUGGAUAUGACUAUUCGACUCUGGGAAGAGGAGGAGAUUGUUGAACGGGAUCAAGAGGGCCAGAGCGUCAAAGCAGACUCUGAGCCUCGAGAGAAGUCUGACAAUGCGGCAGCGUCAGAGGUGGACGCUGAUGGCGACACGCCUAUGACUUGAAGUGUAUGGGAAUUUCAAUCUGUUCGACCUUUUUGCCUUCUCUCUCUUUCUCUGGCAGAUAGCGUUUAUUAUCGUGACGAUGAUGGUGGGGUUUGGGUUCGGGGCAUGACUCAUGACUAACGGUCGAAUAUAGACUUGUGCCAUCUAA